GUGGGAAAGUUGAUCAAGUCAAACUCAACUCCAGUCAUUCAGUUUUUGGAUUCAAGUUUUUCAGUGUAGAAAAUAAAUUGGUUUGUAAUUAAAAGAAAAUAGGUUACGAGAUCACCGUUAAGAUUACGUAGAUUACAUUAUGAGUCGUGCAGUUGGGAAAAUCGGUGUCCUCUUGGGAGUGUUUCUUCUGUGCCAUACAGGAUAUUCAGUUUCACAACAUUUGGCCUUUGUUCGCUAUAAUGAAGAGGAAUUUACAUCACUUCCGUUGGACAUGGUGAUAGAAGCUCUCCUUGGCCUUGCCUUAUCAAUAUGGGGAGCCGCUGCGACCAAGACAUUUCAAGAAAUCAGAGCCGUUGAAGAUCUAGCGAGUAAAUCGUACGAAUCCUUUUUACACAGGCCCAACUUUAUCACAUUUAAUCACAGGGGAGAAAAGCUUUUUGGGAGAGAUGAAUAGUAUGCCUAUUUUAAAGAUAUAGUAUUUAAUAUUUUUUAAAUACCAAAGUUUUUACACGUAAUGUCUUCUUUGUGUUAAUAUGCCUGUUAUUAAGUCAUUUAAAUAAGUAUGAGCCGGAAACCAUUAUUAAAACGGUAAAAUCUAAAUUUAUUGAGUGAAUCCAUCAAUGAUACAAUGAUCAGAUAAUUUGUUGCUUUAAAAACAAUAAAAUAUAGUUACAAAAAA